UAUGUGUCCACUUUUGCUCAUUGCAGCUCUCAGGAAAAAGGAAAAGAUAGAAGAAGUUGAUGAGAUGGUCCUCUUUGUUGACAGAUCGCAGUCGGAGAGUUCUAGUUCGUCACAUAAUAUCGCCCCCUCUUUCUUGUGAAGAUUCACAAGUAGAGCUCUUGUUGUCGAGGACGAACAGCGAGCGACUUAUAAUACGCUAACUAUGUAUCUUCAGGCUGCUAUCCAGUAGCGGCGUUUGUUUGUGAUAAAAGAAGAGAAUCCCACGUUUUUGAAAUAACGAAAAGUAAAAAGAUGCAUUCGAGGUCGUCGACGUCGAUCCUUCGUCGGCUCGGGUCAUUGUUGAUUUGCCUAUCAUCCCAGGCAGGGUUUCUUUUUCAUCUACUACCUUCUCCUGUACAAGCAGUGCUACCGCCGGGGUACGAGGAUGAGCUCUAUUGCCGUGCGGGAUUCUGCAUGGUAUACAAGAACCUGGACCCGGGCUUCUGCGGUCCGUCGUCAGCCUUUCACGAGUGCUUCAACAAGGACACAGGAUUAUCGUUUGGGAAAAAUCUAUCGAACGUCGUGUGCACUUCCAAUCUACGCACUUCCGCUUUUGCUUCACGACAUGUUGUCAUGAAAAUCAAUGCACCUUGUGGCCGUGGCCACCAUCAGAAGUGCGGAACUUGCGCGCCCGGGCGUACCAUCUUCAAAUCAAAACCUCGAUGCACAAUGAAUCUGUGAAUUCUGGCUGCAGAUCACUCGUCAAUGAUAUCAAUACAUGCUAGAACAAGCAUUUUUCAAAUGCGACCAUGAGCAUGAUGACACGCGGCUUCAAUUUUGAAAAUUGGAAUCUGCAUGCCAUGUUUGUGCAGGCGCACGUACUUUUUCCAUAGGAUAAACAGAAAGGACUGGAGUAGUGGUUUGGGGGUCAAAAUCACACGGAGAGGUAAGCAAUAAACAUUUAACUAAGUAGGCCAACGUGGGCGGCACGCAUAGCUAUUUCAUAUCUCAGGGGGCAGCGGCUGACGAUGGUUAUUUAGAGUGCAGUGGUCCCAGUCGAUUCUAUUUGCCAUUAGGUGCUGCAAAAACUUCGCAUUUGAGAUGAAAAUGUAUGAUGUGAUUCUGAUCUUCUAUCAGGAGGAGAAGCAGAGGUUGUUGCAGAACGGUCACCACUAUCCACUGCAAAUUUGUCUGGGUCAGGGAAAGUGCAGCUUGUCUUGCGUGUCUUGCAGCAUGCAUGUAGAACAAUGUGUGUUGCAUGUAUGACCAGCAAAGCCGCACCCUCGUUUGUUGCACGAAAACGCAAUUCGUCACGUGUGCUACAACACUUCAGAGAGCGUAGUUGCCAAAAUUUGGCAUGUUUGGCUGCAAAUAUAUGGAUGCGCAAGGUAGCAUCACAUGUCUCCACCCACAGACAUAUUUCUUCCUGCGGAUAACCACACGGAAAAUUGCUCCGACGACGUGGCAAACCAGUACCGCGCGUCGCUGCAGCAAAGGCCACCGGGCGUCCCACUAUGCAUUGCAAAAGUAUCGUACUCGUAUAAAUGCACCAUUACAAAUUUCCUCAGCAUGAGAAAUAAAAUUUGUGAUGCAGAUUUGCCUUAAGACAAAGAUUUGUAAUGCAAGACAUGCAUUUAUACGAAUGCGAUACUUUUGCACGGCAGGAUACCCACCGGCCGGCGGGAAGGGCGGCGAGCCGAGCAUUCAGUAUGUGGAAAGGGAAACGACUGCACAACGAGUGGAUCAACAAGUUGUUCAAGAUUUGGAUCUGUAGAGAUGCGUGAUGAAGCGUUUUGUGUGCUUUAUCAUAGGCUGGCUGUUGCUUGGGUUUGGUGUGAUAAAUUGAGUACUCAGCUCCACGUGUUUAUUCGACGUGUGCAUGUUGAACAUGAAUGUCGGUAUGCACCGCACACUGAGACUUCUGUUGACACCAAUAAAUGUCAUGCUCUUCCUUUUCAUGAUGCUGCAAAUAGUAUCAUGACAGUAAGAACUUGAACCACGAUACAGAGGCAAAGCCCUUUUAUUGUUCCAUACUCCGGUCGCAGUCGCUAUGGGUGGCAAGGCGGUGUGAAGGCGGAAGUGAAACACGACGACGACGCGUUCUGCAAAAAUGGUGUUCUUGACCAUGGCGACGUGACGGAUAGCGUAAAAAUGAUUGUUCACAAUUAUAAGAAUCGGUGGGUUCGACUGAAUUCAAAAUACCGAUACACCAUCACGACCACAUCAGAACGUGAAAGAAGAGAUGAAACGAGCAUGGCCGUAUGGCCGAUGCUAAUGGACGGCUUGACACGAGCGUGGCUCUUGUGUUCGACACUCAGUUGAGUGCUGCAGGACCCGUGCUUGCUUGAUUCUGUUUUUGACCUGUGUGACCUGUGAGGUAGAUGAUGGUGUGAUUGGCAAAUUGAAGCAAGGCUACAAUUUAUCGUAGCUUACAAGAAAU